CCAGUUAGCUGAAGUGUCCCUGGGGUCGGGAACCAGGCCAGGCCAACCUCGGUGGCCUUUGAUCUCUAGGGGCCCAGAGAUUGGCUUCCACAGGAAUCUGCUGAGAGAGAGACAAGAGUAGACCCUGCUCUGCCAGCUGGGAGCUGAGUCAGGGGAUGUGCUGGGGGCGGGGCCGAGAAGAGGGGCCCCUGCUUUCGGCCCGUUUUCUCCCAGAUUCAGAAGACCAGUUUCAAGCCCAACUGCACUGGAGCUUCUGCACUCUGAGCGUCAUAACCUGCACCAUGCCCAUGAUUCUGGGUUACUGGGACAUCCGCGGGCUGGCCCAUGCCAUCCGCCUUCUCCUGGAGUACACAGACACAAACUAUGAGGAGAGACAGUACUCGAUGGGAGAUGCUCCUGACUAUGACAGAAGCCAGUGGCUGAAUGAAAAAUUCAAGCUGGGCCUGGAAUUCCCCAAUCUGCCCUACUUAAUCGAUGGGACUCACAAGCUCACCCAGAGCAACGCCAUCCUUCGGUACAUUGCUCGCAAGCACAACAUGUGUGGGGAGACAGAGGAGGAGAUGAUUCGAGUGGACAUUUUGGAGAACCAGGUUAUGGAUGUCCGCUUGGCCAUGGUCAGGAUCUGCUACAGCCCUGACUUUGAGAAACUGAAGCCUGGUUUCUUGAAGGAGAUCCCUGAAAAGAUCAAGCUGUUCUCAGAGUUUCUGGGGAAGAGGCCUUGGUUUGCAGGGGACAAGCUCACCUAUGUGGAUUUCCUGGUUUACGACGUCCUUGACAUGCACCGCAUAUUUGAGCCCAAGUGUCUGGACGCGUUCCCAAACCUGAGAGACUUCAUUUCUCGUUUUGAGGGCCUGAAGAAGAUCUCUGCCUACAUGAAGUCCAGCCACUUCCUCCCAGGCCCUCUGUUCCUGAAGCUUGCCGUGUGGGGCAACAAGUAGUGCCCGCAACCAGGAGAUGGGUCAAAGGUCCUUCCCCACCCCACAUUAUCCCUCCUGCACUAAAGCCAUGUAGACUAACCUUCCCUUCCGUGGUUGCUUCUGCAUUGAGGAGCCCAGUCAGGUCCCUAGCCCAUGGAGCUGUGUUCUGAGCUCCCAGCAUUGCCCUGAAGACCAGCACUGGCCUGGUGUGAAGUCCGUGCUUCCCAGUGUGGUUCCUGCCUAGCCUGUCUGAUCCCCAGUAAAGGCUUAUCACACCUGC